AUAUAAAGCUGGGUGGCGGGCGGUAUAUAAAGCUGGGUGGCAGGCGGUAUAUAAAGCUGGGUGGCGGGCACUAUAUAAAGCUGGGUGGCAGGCGGUAUAUAAAGCUGGGUGGCGGGAAGUAUAAAAAGCUGAGUGGCACAUAGUUAUUAUAUCUCUUUAUAUAUUACAGGAAGAACCAGUGUGAACUAUUACAUUGUGACAGGAGGAACAAGAGAGGAACAACACAAUCUGACCCAGUUGUCUCCUCUUCUCCUGAAUGACCCCCAAGGAUGGACAAGGACAGGAAUGAGAUGACUAAGAGAAUAUUACACUUCACCUUGGAGAUCCUCCACCUGCUGACCGGAGAGGAUUACACCAUAGUGAAGAAGACAUGGGGGGAGUGUGUGGCCCCCAGCAGCCAUCUCCAUGAGUCAGGAGGACGGAGCAGGACCCGGGGCCCCAUCAUGGAGCCUCCACCUCACUCACUGAUACAUGAGGAGAAGAUCCUAGAACUCACCCACAGGAUCACUGAGCUGCUGACUGGAGAGGUUCCUAUAAGGUGUCAGGAUGUGGCGGUCUAUUUCUCCAUGGAGGAGUGGGAGUAUGUAGAAGGACACAAGGAUCUGUACCAGGACAUAGUCAUGAUGGAGGAUCACCGGCCCCUCACAUCACAAGAUGGAGUCAUUGAUAGAAAUCCACCCGAGAGGUGUCCCCGUCCUCUGUAUUCCCAGGACUGUCCAGAGGGAAAUGUCCCAGAGAAGCAUCAGGGGGGAGAUCUGACUAAUAAUAAAGUGGAGGAUGAAGAAGAGAGGAUGAGGGACCAUCACCCGUGUAUGAGGGAAGUGAAGGAGAAAAUUCCAGGAGGUGUUACCCCAGAAAAUCCCAGUAAGAAUUCUGAGGGAAACUUCAUGUUAUCCCUGAAUGAUAAAGGAGAAGAUGAAGAUAUGAUGGAGCGCUCCUCAGGAGAAGACCUCCUUACCCCUAAUGUCCAUCCAGAUCUAUCCUAUAAUAAUCCACCUGAUCAUGAGGAACCUUCUCCUGACCAACCACACAUUGUUACCACAAGGACAGAUCAGAAAGGGGGGAAAAGGAUUCAAUGUGAUGAAUGUGGAAAAGAGUUUACUAAAAGAUCAGAUCUUGUUAUGCACAGAAAAAGUCACACAAGAAAGAAGCAGUAUGUGUGUUCAGAAUGUGGGAAAGGUUAUAAGCAUAAAUCAAAUCUUGUUAAACAUGACCAAAUUCACACAGGAAAGAAACCGUAUUCAUGUUCAGAAUGUGGGAAAUGUUUUAAGGAUAAAUCAGUUCUUCUGUUACACGACAAAAUUCACUCAGGAGAGAAUUCCUAUUUAUGUUCUGAAUGUGGAAAAUGUUUUAGAGGGAAGUCAUAUUUCAUUAUUCAUAAGAGAAUACAUACAGGAGAGAAACCAUAUUCAUGCUCAGAAUGUGGAAAAUGUUUAACAAGUAAAUCAAAUCUUGUGAAACAUGAACGAAUUCACACAGGAGAAAAGCCGUAUUCUUGUUCAAAAUGUGGGAAGCGCUUUAAGGAUAAAUCACUUCUUCUGUUUCACGAGAGAAUUCACACAGGAGAGAAGCCUUAUUCCUGUUCUGAAUGUGGGAAAUGUUUUAGAGGGAAAUCAUAUCUCAUUAUACAUAAGAGAAUUCACACCGGAGAGAAGCCGUAUUCAUGUUCAGAAUGUCGGAAAUGUUUUAAAGUUAAACCAGAGCUUGAUAAACAUGAGAGAAUCCACACAGGAGAGAAGCCAUAUUCAUGUUCAAAAUGUGGGAAAUGCUUUAGCCAAAAAUCAACUCUUGUCGUACAUGAGCGAAUUCACACAGGUGAGAAGCCGUAUUCAUGUUCAGAAUGUGGGAAAUCUUUCACAACUAAAUCUGAUCUUGUUAAACAUGUGAGGAUUCACACAGGAGAGAAGUUGUAUCCAUGUUCAGAAUGUGAAAAAUGUUUUAUAAGGAAAUCAGAUUGUGUUAAACAUGAAAGAAUUCACUCAAGAGACAGAUGCCGUAUUUAUCGGGAUAAACCACGCACCGGCCUAUAACACACACCCUCAUUUUUCCAAGGAAAUUUGGGUAAAAAAGUUUUUUUUUUUACCCAAAUAUCCUUCUUAAAAUGAAGGUGCGUGUAUACCCCGAUUUACUGUUUCUGCAGUUCAAUGAGCCAGAAACUGUUUAUCGGGGUAUAACACACAGAUAGACUUUAAGAUAAAAAUUUUAGCUUAAAAAAUGCCCGUUAUAUGCCGAUAAAUACAUAAAUCAUAAAAAAUAUAAUAAAAUGUAUAUAUGAGAAUACGGAGCCUUAAAGGGGUAUUCCAGGAAAAAACUUUUUUUUUUUAAUAUAUAUCAACUGGCUCCAGAAAGUUAACCCCUUAAGGACCGGGGGGUUUUCCGUUUUUGCACUUUUGUUUUUUGCUCCUUGCCUUUAAAAAAUCAUAACUCUUUCAAUUUUGCGCCACCAAUUCUACUUUGUAAUGACAUCAGUCAUUUUGCCCAAAAAUCUACGGUGAAACGGAAAAAAAGUUUUGUAACUUUUGGGGGUUUCCGUUUCUACGUAGUACAUUUUUUGGUAAAAAUGACACCUUAUCAUUAUUCUGUAGGUCCAUACGAUUAUAAUGACCCCCGACUUAUAUAGGUGAUUUUGUCUUCUGGAAAAAAAAUCAUAACUACAUGCAGGAAAAUGUAUACGUUUAAAAUUGUCAUCUUCUGACCCCUAUAACUUUUUUAUUUUUACACAUAUGGGGCGGUAUGAGGACUAAUUUUUUGGUGCCGUGAUCUGACGUUUUUAUCAGUACCAUUUUUGUAUUGAUUUUUUCAUGAUAUAAAAAGUGACCAAAAAUACACUAUUUUGGACUUUGGAAUUUUUUUGCGCGUACGCCAUUGACCGUGCGGUUUAAUUAACUAUAUAUUUUUAUAAUUCGGACAUUUCCGCACGCGGCGAUACCAUAUAUGUUUAUUUUUAUUUACACUUUUUUUUUUUAAUGGGAAAAGGGGGGUGAUUCAAACUUAAUAGGGAAGGGGUUAAAUGACCUUUAUUCACUUUUUUUUUUCCACUUUUUUUUUUUUUUGCAGUGUUAUCGCUCCUAUAGGGACCUAUAACACUGCACACACUGAUCUCUUAUACUGAUCAUUGUUAUCCCAUAGGAACCUAUAACACUGCACACACUGAUCUCUUAUACUGAUCAUUAUUAUCCCAUAGGAGACUAUAACACUGCACACACUGAUCUCUUAUACUGAUCAUUGUUAUCCCAUAGGAGACUAUAACACUGCACACACUGAUUUCUUAUACUGAUCAUUGUUAUCCCAUAGGGACCUAGAACACUGCACACACUGAUCUCUUAUACUGAUCAUUGUUAUCCCAUAGGGACCUAGAACACUGCACACACUGAUCUCUUAUACUGAUCAUUGUUAUCCCAUAGGGACCUAGAACACUGCACACACUGAUCUCUUAUACUGAUCAUUGUUAUCCCAUAGGGACCUAGAACACUGCACACACUGAUCUCUUAUACUGAUCAUUGUUAUCCCAUAGGGACCUAGAACACUGCACACACUGAUCUCUUAUACUGAUCAUUGUUAUCCAAUAGGGACCUAGAACACUGCACACACUGAUCUCUUAUACUGAUCACUGGUUUCUCAUAAGAAACCAGUGAUCAAUGAUUCUGCCGCAUGACUGCUCUUGUCUGGAUCUCAGGCACUGAGCAGUCAUUGGGCGAUCGGACAGCGAGGAGGCAGGAAGGGACCCUCCGGCUGUCCUGUAAGCUGUUCGGGAUGCCGCGAUUUCGCCGCGGCUAUCCCGAACAGCCCAUUGAGCUAACCGGCACUUUUUACUUUCACUUUUAGCCGCGUGGCUGAGCUUUGAGCGUGCGGCUAAAGGGUUAAUAGCGGGCGGCACUGCGAUCAGUGCCGCGCGCUAUUAGCGGCGGGUCCCGGCUUCACUAUGAUGCCGGGCCCGCUGUGAUAUGAUGCGGGGUCACCGUGGGACCCCGCGUUAUAUCACGGGAGCGGGACCAAGGACGUAUUCAUAUGUCCUUGGUCCUUAAGGGGUUAAACAGAUUUGUAAAUGACUUCUAUUAAAAAAUCUUAAUCCUUUCAGUACUUAUGAGCUUAUGAAGUUGAGGUUGUUCUUUUCUGUCUAAGUCCUCUCUGAUGACACGUGUCUCUGGAUUCGCCCAGUUUAGAAGCAAA